CCGACUCCCGAAUUGGUAUGGAGUAUUCGAGGAAGACAACAUCACUUGUAGAAAACCACCAUAUUCUGCUCGCCCGCUAUCAUCCGAGGCAUAAAAACUGACACCAUGGGUAUUUUCUGCGGCUGCUUCUCCGCAUUGCAACAACAAUUUCGUGAACCUGGCUGAGCACGCAAGACUAUUGCACACGCGACACCCAAGAAGCAAGAAAUCAUGGAGUAUUUUGAAGCAAAUCCGAAGCCGGCGUCUCUGGACCGACAUUGUCAGCUGGCACGCGCAUUUGUUCAACGUCACGUCGAAGAGAACCGUCGAGUCGCUCUCGUCACUUCAGGCGGAACUACUGUGCCACUCGAGAACCAGACUGUCCGAUUCAUUGACAACUUUUCUGCUGGUACGCGUGGUGCCACCAGCGCCGAAUACUUCCUGGAGGCAGGAUAUGCUGUCAUUUUUCUACAUCGACAAUUUUCUCUCCUGCCGUAUAGUCGGCAUUACAGCCAUAGCACCAAUUGCUUCCUUGACUUCAUGACGCACAGCGCCUCUGGUGAAGUCGUCGUGGAAAACGAGUACCAGAAGCAGAUGGACGUCGUCCUGCAACGAUAUCAGAAAGCCAAAAGAGAGAAUACACUCUUGCUUGUACCAUUCACUUCAGUCAACGAAUACCUCUGGCAUCUUCGAGAAUUUGCCAUGACUCUGCAACCACUCGGCGCCAAUGCCUUGUUCUAUCUAGCAGCCGCCGUCUCUGAUUUCUUCGUCCCGGCAGAACGCAUGGUCGAGCACAAGAUCCAAUCCUCGGAGGACUUCAACACAAACAAAGCCAACGGCAUACAAGCGGGAGACGCCAACGAGUCCAAGGCUCCCGCAGCUUACAUGUCCAACGCCAGCCUAGUCAUCAAUCUCGAUCCAGUCCCCAAAUUUCUCAAACUCCUUGUCGACGGCUGGGCGCCGCGUGCAAUGAUCAUCUCUUUCAAACUAGAAACCGACCCGAAGCUCUUGUCGAUCAAAGCUCACAAUGCACUGAACAAGUAUGCGCACCAUUUAGUCAUCGGGAACUUGCUAAACACCAGAAAGUACGAGGUCCUAUUCGUCAGUGCCGGUAGCGAGGACAAAUGGAUACGGGUUCCAGUACAUCGUCGCACGAAGAGCGUUACAAAUAUCAAAGAAGCAUUCGCAGAGAGGGCAGCGGAGAAUAGCGAUUCCGCUGCUGCUCGUGACGGUGGCAAAGUUGGGGACGGUGACUCCGUUGUGGAAAUUGAGAGUUGGAUUGUGCCCGAGGUGGUCAAAUUGCACUCACAUAUGAUUGAACAUGGUGAUCCUCGGAAGUUGCCUGUUGCGGUUCAAUGAUGUCUGCCUGUGCCGAGAGAUCCAGAAAUAAAUUGUUGCAGGGCCGAGACCUUGUUGAUGGACAUGCACCGCCGAGCGGUCAUGGCGAUGGUCGUUUCGAAAUUUAGAGAGCUUGCUUGGCGGACUACCUUUGAUCUGCUGAUCUGCUGUGCCGUAUCUUCCUUCGUGAACAUGCCUC